AUGUUUAUAUCUCCAUCUAUUUAUCUAUCUGUCCCAGUUUACUCAUAUCUAUUUGUCCAUCUUUUUCAGUCUGUUCAUAUCUAUCUAUCUAUCUAUCUAUCUAUCUAUCUAUCUAUCCCAGUCCAUAUCUAUCUAUCUAUCUAUCUAUCUAUGGCAGUCUGUUCCUCUAUCUAUGGCAGUCUGUUCAUAUAUAUCUAUCUAUCUAUCGCAGUCUGUUCAUAUCUAUCUAUCUAUCUAUCUAUCUAUCUAUCUAUCUAUCUAUCUAUCUAUCUAUCUAUCGCAGUCUGUUCAUAUCUAUCUAUCUAUCUAUCUAUCUAUCUAUCUAUCGCAGUCUGUUCAUAUUUAUUUAUUUAUCUAUCUAUCUAUCUAUCUAUCUAUCUAUCUAUCGUAGUUUGUUCAUAUCUAUCUAUCUAUCUAUCUAUCUAUCGUAGUUUGUUAAUAUCUAUCUAUCUAUCUAUCUAUGGCAGUCUGUUCCUAUCUAUCUAUGGCAGUCUGUUCCUAUCUAUCUAUCUAUCGCAGUCUGUUCAUAUCCAUCUAUCUAUCGCAGUCUGUUCAUAUCUAUCUAUCUAUCUAUCUAUCGCAGUCUGUUCAUAUUUAUUUAUCUAUCUAUCUAUCUAUCUAUCUAUCUAUCUAUCUAUCUAUCGUAGUUUGUUAAUAUCUAUCUAUCUAUCUAUCUAUCUAUGGCAGUCUGUUCCUAUCUAUCUAUGGCAGUCUGUUCCUAUCUAUCUAUCUAUCGCAGUCUGUUCAUAUCUAUCUAUCUAUCUAUCUAUCGCAGUCUGUUCAUAUUUAUUUAUCUAUCUAUCUAAAAAUAUUCCACCUAAUGAUCUUUCUUGA